GUCUCAUCCAGUGCGGGAUAUGCAAUUUUUACAAGCUGAUCAACUUUAGAAUUAAAUUAACUAGACAAAACUUCCAAAUGCAAUCUCUAAAAUCAGAAUUAAUUUAAAAGUGAUUUACAAUGACUUAAACUAAUAAAAAAACUAGAAGUACAUGGUGGAGCCCAAUUGGGUCUUGAAGAGGGACGAGACACCAUUUUGGCACAGGCGAUUUUGCAUAGGAUCCACAUUUGUUCUUUGUCUAUGGCUCCAGAGAAAGAAGCUGUUCUUGCAACCACUCUCUCUGCCUCUGAAUCUGAUCCUCCCACCAUGUUUGACAGGAGUAUUAUCAAAAGGGAAAAUCCUUCUACUGUGUUUUAUGAGGAUGAUGAGGUCCUUGCCUUUAGAGAUAUAGCUCCUGAAGCUCCUCCCCAUAUUAUAAUAAUUCCAAAAUCUAGAAAUGGGUUGACUGGUCUAUCUAAGGCUCAAGUCCCACAAUUUUCAAGCCCAGUCGGGUUGAAUAAUAUUACACUCGGUGAAGAACAACAAUCAACUCAAAAAAGGAAAAGAACAAGGUUUACCCCUGGAGAAGAUAAAGUUCUCAUCCAAGCAUGGCUCAUCGUUCCCAAGAAUGCAGCUGCGGAGGCAAAUCAAAGAGUAGAUUCCUUUUGGCUAAGAAUUAAGAAUACUUACAAUGAGCAUCGCGGCCAUUUCAAACCGAGGGGAGUAUCACAAAUAAAAUCGCGAUGGCAUAAGUUGAAUAGCAUAGUUCAUAAAUUUGUAGGGUGCUACAAAGUAGCCUUUGAGAAAAAGAAAAGUGGUAGCUCUGAGUCUGACAUCAUGGGAGAAGCAUAUACACUUUAUUAUCAAGAUGAAGGCGAACAGUUCAAAUUAGAGUAUGCAUGGCGAUUGUUGAAAGAUGAACCUAAAUGGUCAAAUACAUCAUUUGAAGUAGGCGGUAAGAGAACCAAGAUUUCUGCUUCAGGAGCAUACUCGACCACCUCUAAUCUAGACACGCCAUCAAGUUGUGAAUACAAUGCAGCAUCACCUACCUUGCUUUGUCUAACAGGGACAGAAGUAGAGGAAAGAAAGGGAAAAUCAAAAUCGGAAGAAACAUCUUCGGUGGUUUGUCUUUGUCAAACAGGGACUGAAGUAGAGAAAGGAAAGGAAAAAUCAAAAUCGGAGGAAACAUCUUCUGUUAAUGUUGAGCUAAUUGAAGUGAAAGAGAUUCCAAAGACAAAAGUUCUUGUCAUGGCAGAAAUGGCGCGUGUUCAAGAUGAGCAAAAUAAGUUGAAGGAGAAAGAGUUGAAUUUGAGGGAGAGAGAGUUUGAGUUGGAGUUCCUUUUUAAGGAUAUAUCCGGGAUGAAAGCCAGACAACAACGAGAUCAUGAGAUGCUGUGUAAUGUGAUUAGAGAAAAAUAUGGCAUUAUGUAAAGUAACAAAUGUUGGUCAAGGAAUCAAGUCAAAACUGCAGAGUACAAUAUUACGGAAGUUGCGGGCUAGUUUUAAUUAGGCGUAGCAAAUGGACGGUAUCAACAAAAUUUGACUUGGAUUAUGCUAAUAACAGUUUUUUAUCUAUAGGAUUACGGGAUAAUAUUUUCGGGUUUAUUGAUCAAACUCUGAGAAUAAGUUUCCAAUAGAGUUUAGCCCCAUUGAGGAGGAUCUCAACGACGGGGGAGUGUCAGUUUAGUUGAUCUGUUGUAAUUAGAAUUGAACCAGUACUUCAUAUAAACUUUGUUGCUAUUUUGUCCACAAUUUGAGUUUAGCCCCGGUUAAGUACCUCAAAUAAGUCUCUCAAGGCACCUAAUGACAAUGGUCAUCUGCCUGUUCCAAGUUUAAGGAUUUAGGGUUUAUGGUUUUAAUGUCCAUAAUUUGAG